GCGGGGCGGAGUGGCUGCGGCCGCACCGCCCCGCGCCGCAGGAAGCACCGCCCGUGCGCCUUCCUUCUUCUCUUCCUCCUCCGCCUCCGCCCGCCUCCCGCGGUGGCGGCGCGGCCAUGCAGCAGUACUUUUCCCUGGCCGACUGCGAGGUGAUGGGCUUCGAUCUGGAUCACACGCUGUGCCGUUACCACCUCCCGGAGAGCGCGACGCUAAUAUAUGAUAGUUUUGCUCAGUAUCUGGUAACGGAGAAGGGUUACGACAAAGACUUGCUGACUCUAAAUCCAGAAAGCUUAGACUUCUGUUGUAAAGGCUUGGCAUUGGAUUUUGAAGAUGGAAACUUCCUGAAGCUUGCGGAAGACGGAACAGUUUUGAGGGCAAGCCAUGGCACUAGGAGUAUGACAUCUGAAGAGAUCCUGGAGAUUUAUGGAAGGAGGGAAUGGAAGCAUUUUAGUACAGUCAGUGGAAUGCUUUCCCGCUCAGCCAAAUACUAUCUGUAUGAUAAUUAUUUUGAUCUACCAGGAGCCCUCCUGUGUGCAAGGGUUGUGGACAGCUUAGAUCAGCAUGAUGGUCAGAAAAAAUAUGACUUCUGGAAGGACAUGGUGGCUGCUAUCCAACAUAAUUAUAAAAUAUCAGCUUUUAAAGAGGACUGUGGGACAUAUUUCCCAGAAGUGAAAAAUCAUCCAGAAAAAUACUUACGAAGAUGUCCCAAUUCUGUAAAAAAGUGGCUGAAACAACUGAAGAGUGCUGGGAAGAUUCUGCUAUUAAUUACCAGUUCUCACAGUGACUAUUGCAGGCUCCUGUGUGAAUAUAUUCUUGGAAAUGAUUUUGAAGAAUAUUUUGAUGUUGUGAUCACAAAUGCUUUGAAACCUGGCUUUUUCUCCCAUACUCCAAACCAAAGACCUUUCCGAACUCUUGAAAAUGAUGAAGAGCAAGAGGCUCUGUUAUCACUGGACAAGCCCGGCUGGUAUUCCCAAGGUAAUGCUAUCCAUCUUUAUGAACUACUGAAGAAGAUGACUGGAAAGUUGGACCCCAAGGUUGUUUAUUUUGGUGACAGCAUGCACUCAGAUAUUUUUCCAGCUCGUCACUAUAGCAACUGGGAAACUGUCUUCAUCUUGGAGGAGCUUCUAGGGGACAAAGUUAUGGUGCCUACAGAGACUGAAUCUGAGCCCUUGGAGAAGAAAGGAAAAUAUGAGGGAUAUCAGCCCAAAAUUCCCUACUCUGUAUCUGAGCAGUGGGGUUCUUUCUUCGUGGACAGACUACCAGGUCUGGAAAAUGCAGAGGAAACUUUAGUUCGUACAUGGUCCUGUAAAUGCAUUAGUACUUACAGCACUAUUGCAAUCCCUAGUCUUGAAGCAAUUGCAGGUGAGUGGCAAUAUGAGUUGAGGUUUGUGUUGAAUCCAUUGUCACUGUAGGCUGAUCAGCACUGAUCAGACCCCCACUGUAGGUAAGAAAGAGCUGUGUAUGUGCCCCCCUCUAAUCUACAGUUCUCCAUCAGGGCUGGGUGAGAAGAGAAUGCCCAGAUGCAAAGCUCUGCCAAGACAGCAGCAGCUGUGAACGUGUGUGGUAAUAGAGCCUAAAGAUAUUUAUUGGUAAAAAUACUAGGAAACAAUCAUUUUGGAAAUGAGCACUCAUUUCUUUCCUAACUGAGGCUUGCUUUAUUAUCAAAUUAUGAAUCUCUUAUUAUUAUUAUUUUUUUUUUUAAAGCAAGCAGUGUUCAUUUCUCUUCUAUGCCACCAGUGACAGUAGAAAAUAAGACCAAGUACAAAAUCAAUUGCUGCUGUGUCCAGGAGGCAAACUUAAGACCUCUACCAUAGUUCUUUGCUGAUGAGCCAGCACUGCUGAUACCAUUGCCAUCUGCAUCCAGAGAAGUUGGACUGAGCUUUGGUGUCCAGUUAACAUGAAUUCUUUGCCAUCCAAGGCAACUGCAAUUUGUGUGAUCUUUCAGAGUUUUCAGAAGAGCUAAGUUUAAAAGAACUUACAGCACACUUCCUCUCUGAUGUUUUCUGGAUUUCCAUUUUUUCAUAAUAAAAAUCAAUAACAAUCUUCAUUUUUCUUUCUUUGAAUAAUUACCCUUCAUCUUCACUCUGAUUUAUUUAUAGCUGCUAGGAUUCCAAUCACGUAUUUCUGGAUCAGUGCAGGGCUUUCACAUAAAUAUAUCACACUGAAAUAAAGUAGUGUGAAGUGUUCACAACUCCAAGCAGGGCAGAUGCAGCAAAUGAAAUCUCUGAUGAAAACAAACCUGAAAACACAGGAAGGUUUUUUCCUAUAUUUGUGACAUAAAAUCAGCAUUGUAGGUGAUGAAUAGCAGCUGCUUCAUGUAACUUUCUGUGAUGCCUUACACAACAUUUUUACAUAUGGAUACCUUCUGUUCAUCCAGUCAACUUGCUCAGACAAAAGCAAUAUUUAAAUGGGCAGAUUGGAUUUUGAAUAUGUAAAAAUUGAUUAUUCUCUGUUGGAGUCCUCUGUACUUUGUAUUCAAAAUUGGUUCGGCAUCUAAGAUGAUUGUUUAAAGCUAGUUUACCAUGAAAUAUCAACAGAAUUGCCAUUUUGAUGUAACUGUUCAUUUCUUCAAGAUAAGGAAAUCCACAGCAAGUCUGCAUCACUUAUGCUGCUGCUUUUUGGUUAAACUGCUCCUGAGAGACUCCAGUCUACUAGAAUAAAAAGCUAAUGAAAGCUUUUAGAUAAAAAAAGGCACUUAAAUUUUAUAGUUUACAGUGAUAUUCGGAAUCUUUGCUUCUUUGCUCAGUAGAGUAGAAAACAUCUGCCUGCUCUGUUGUGCUCAGAAAGAGCCCUAGAGAAUCCCUUGGCUAAGACAGAAUGAGAAAAUGUGCUUCUUUGACAAGUUGAAGUAAUCCACUUAAUAGAGCGUAAUUCACUUGCAAUCAAGUAUCCUCCCAUUACUGCUUUAUUCCAGUCUUUAUCUGAUUUCUCAACUGGAUCUAGAUUCUGAUUUGUUUGCUUCAGCAGUGUUUUAUGUGGUCUUAAAGCUGCAGGCUUGGAUGCUGCUCUGCUGUCCUGCAUAAGAGUUGCUGCUGAGAUAGACCUGAACUUCCAGUUGUUCAGAUCUGAAACAGCUAAGACUGUGUUUUUCUGUUUCACUAAAGGAGCUGAAUGCAAAAAAUUUUAUAGCCUGUAGUAUCUAAAUAUCAGCCCAAAUGUAUUUCAAAUCCUUCCCUCCCCCCGCCCCCCAAAAAAAAGGUUCAGAUGAGUUUAGUUUUUGUUUUGCUUUGAUUCUAAACAGAAAACUAGGUAGGAUCUGAGCUCCCCCCCCUCUCUGCUCCUCCCCGCCCCCGCCUUCCCACUUAAUAGGAGAGUGAUUGUUGAAUAAAAUUUUAUAUGUAUGGAGUUUAUUUUAUUUGAUUUCUUGAACUUUGAAUAAGAAAUAAGUAUGAGAAGUAUCAGUUUCCUGUAGAAGGAGGCACUGCUGCUUGUGAAGUCUUUUUAAAAGAAUGAAAGGAAAGAAAGCUUUGACUGUUCAGACCUAUUUAAAUGUAUUCAGUGUCCUUAACAGAGUGGAUGCAAUGGGUAUGCCAAGUUACGAGUGCAAAUUUCCAAGAAGGCUUGAUACAAAAUGAUGGUGUUAACACUGAACUUCAAGAAAGUCCCAAAGUGGGUUCAUUUUGGGAAUCUUGCUACAACAAUCCCAAAAAUAUAAAAAGGACUUCUUUGUUUUAAAUGGGGCUCUCAUCAGUUGAUUGCUGAGAUAAAAGAGUGUCAGCUCAAAGAACCUGAAUCUGUUCUAGUAGGAAAAUUCCACCUAGGCUUGAAAAAGAUUUUGUUUGAUUAUUUAGUAUUCAUCUAGUCAUUCUCUAUGACUAGCAUUAUUUCAGCAAUCAAGGAACUGAAUAUCCUUUACUGCAGUUGAAUAAACUCUGAAAGUCAAUUCCUUGGACAGCUGAAGAUGUCAAAUAAAUAUGUAAUCAUGCAAUCCGAUUGAGUUUCUAAUGCCAGUAAGCAAACAGCUCAAGGGCUUAAGAAGUACUGCUAUUCACCACAGGCUUAUUUUUUAUGUGAUAUGGACUGUGCUGCUAAUCAGAUGUGGUAUA